AUGCCCGAGGUCCGCCGCGGGAGCCUGCACCUGCAGUCCGACCCGGCGCUGGCCAACGGCCUGGGCAUACGGACGAACAGCGGCGGCGGCGGUGGAAGCGGCCCUGACCGGCCUGUCGUCGAUACCGAUGCCGCAGCGGCCGACACCGCCGACCAUGUCGCCGACACAAACACCACCACAACGAACAACAACAACAACAAGCCCGCGCCCGGCAGCGCCGGCGACGCACGGCGCGACGUGAGCUUCAGCGACGUGCCCCCGCCGCGGCUCGCCCACCUCACCUUCCCCCACCUCUCCGCCGACGACGUGCCUCCCCGAGCCGGCACGGGCCCGGGCUCCGGCCGCCCCGCCGGCAGCGCCACGGCGCCGACGUCGCCCAUCUCGCCGGGCAGCCUCGCCGGCCCCAACAGCAACAGCAGCGGGCAGCAGCAGCAGCUCCCGGGCUUCGGGCGGCUGAGCGUCGACGCGCCCCGGCGCAGCCUCUCGUACGCGCUGCGCCCGCCCGCCCCGGCCUACUACGACUCGCGCGCGGCGACGCGGCGCGAGUGGCAGCGCCGCGGGCGCACCCUCGAGGAGUACUACGACGACAACCCGCAGCUGCUGCCCCAGCUGCCCUUCACGUGGCACCACGGGUGGCGCCGCUGGCGGCUCUUCAUCUUCGCCUUCCUCGUCUUCGUCGACGCCUCGGCCCUGCCCAUCGCGCUGUACUACGGCCUGCACUACGCCGGCCACGUCGAGGGCUGGAUCAUCUUCGCCGUCGUCACCACCAUCUGGGGCGGGCCCACGUACCUCGAGUUCGCCAUCCGCACCCUGCGCCUCAUCAAGAAGGAGCGCUUCUACCGCCCGCUCGGCACAGACAGCCGCUGGUGCUUCGACAUGCUGACCUGGGUCUCCGUCGUGACCAUCACGGCCGUCACGGCGCUCUUCGUCGUCGGCAGCGCCCCGCACAUUGUCUGGCUGCGCGUCCUGUGCAUGCCCGCCCCGGCGAUCUUGUACUGCCUCGGCGGCUCGCUGCUGCUGAUUACCCUCUUCCACGCCAUGGGGUGGCCUGCGCCGUUUCGCAUCAGCUCGACGGCCAAGGGCGAGCCGGUCCACCCCGGCGUGUACUAUUUCAUCGAAGACGUCGUGGCCGUCAACGCCGGCGCGGGCCGCCCCUACCGCGAGGCCCUCGCGGCGCGGUACCGCGCCAGCCCGCGCUUCCGGCGGAUGCUGUACGUGCAGUCGCUCUUCUGGUCGAUCCCCGCGCUCCUGCUGGCCGCGCCCCUGACCGUCAUCGCCGUCAUCCACCCGGUGCCCGCCACGGCCGCGUACGGCGUGUGCUGGGCGGUGCCCUUCCUGUGGUGCGCCCUCUGGGGCGCCAUCUCCGUCUGGUGGUGCAAGCGCGACAUGGUCCGCGAGCGCCUCGAGUGGGAGGCCGACACCACGGGCAUGCUCGGCGGCGGCGGCGGCGGCAGGACGGCGGCGGACGCGGAUGCAGAUUCAGCGGCGACGGAUGCGGCCAUGCGGGAGGCCAAAGAGGAGGCGAGCCCGGCGCGGAGCGAGACGGCCGGCACGGGGGGCAGCGGGAGCGCCGGCGGGACGGCAUGA